AUGCAGAUCUUUGUGAAAACUCUUACGGGUAAAACCAUUACCCUCGAGGUUGAACCUAGUGAUUCCAUCGAAAAUGUAAAAACUAAAAUUCAGGAUAAGGAAGGUAAACUAUUGUCUUGUUUUAACUUAAAAGUGCAGAAAAAAGCAUUUGUUCGUUGUUUUCCCUUAUACUGAUAGGGAUUUAAUUUCUUGUAUAAGUUAAGUUAUUUGAUGACUUUCUCAAAACGUGGAAAUUUCUGUUCCUGAUGGUGUUGAGUUGCUGGGAUUUAAUAUAGCCACAUCAGAUUGGUGUUACAAAUCAAAGCAUUGCUUUGCCGUGGUGCCAUUAAUUGUUAUUAACAAGGUAAGUUAAGGUGGCUUUAAUAUAAAAUUGUAAAUGUGGAAAUCCCAAAGUCUAGUUCAAUAUGUCAUGUCACACAGCUUGGGUUUGUUGAUGACUGAGAUCCUCAAAUAAGACACUGUUAGUACCUCUGCUUCAUUGUCUUAAAUGAUGUAAUAAUGAUGAAACCAUUGGCUUUUCAGGAAUUCCCCCAGAUCAACAGCGUCUUAUAUUUGCUGGUAAGCAGCUGGAAGAUGGAAGAACACUUUCUGAUUACAACAUCCAGAAGGGUAUGUCUGCCUAUUCAGUUAACCGUCAUUUCGCCUUUGAGUCAUUUUGUUAAGUCCAGUCACUAAGGCCUUAUGUCGUUCUGCUUAAGAAGUGAAACAAGCACUGUGCAUGUGUCCACCUUUUCAUCUCAGCCCUGAUACAAAAAAUGGUGAUAUGCAUGAAUAUACACUAGAUCUUUCAGCCACUGAUCAGGCUAAGCAUUUAGGGAAUUGACCUAACAGCAACAGACAUAGGUGAACAGGAUCGAUGUUGGUGAAAUGACUGUUAACCUCCUAUUCAUAUCUGUUAGCCUACGUUCGUUUACCAGUCACUUCUUUCUGAAAAAACACCUCUGUAAGGUCAUACCACCCUUUGAGUAGUGUUGGGAAUCAGCUGAGAUUUCAUUAUCAAUUAUCAGCAACAAUCAGGUUGAGCUAACUGAUUGCUUAUCAAUUAUAAUUGGAAAAUUCCUCCAUAAGAAUUCCAUUUAUUUUCCAGCAGUGUGGCAGUGAAAGUUAUGCAGGCUUUUGAUUUUUUUUUACUCUGUACCACUUUUACUAAUUACAGUCAUUUUGUGCCCUGUAUUUGAACACAUCAAAAAUAUACAAAAGGGUCAUUAGAUUACAGCGGCAUAAUUAUUCCAUGAUAACUAGUAAUAAUCCAAGGUUACGGAAUGCGGGCAACAACGAUCGAAGGUCAAAACGCUUUUGCUCCAACGCUGUGCUUUGCUUAGGUUUCACGUGACAGAUGGUCAAACAUGCGUGGUCAGAUGACAUGAGAUAGAAGAUCCAAAUGCGCGUGAUCAAAUUGCGUUCUGUGCAUUCCAUUCAUUCUUAGUGGAAGUCCAAACAAAAGCUGGCUACAUACAUGCGACCCAUGCGUAAUAACAACCUGGAGAUUAGGAUCCCGCAAUUAAUUUAACAUCAUCCAUAUUCAAUUUGUGUAUCACAUUUCUUAAUGUUUUCAGUCAGUGUUCAAUAAUAGAACAUUAUUAGAAUAAUAUUACUGAUGGGCACAGCAACAAUGAAGAAUGUCUUAUGAUGGUGUUAAAGUAUUGGUACUUUUCUGUCAACAGAGUCAACUCUUCACCUUGUGUUGAGGCUUCGUGGUGGAGUUAUUGAGCCCAGUUUGCGUAUUUUGGCUCAAAAGUACAACUGUGACAAGAUGAUCUGCCGAAAGUAGGUGUUUGAUUUUAGUGAUACUUAGAAAGUUGUAAAACCGUGAACACGAGAAGUACAUCUGGAAUGUUGUAUUUCAAAGAGUCUCAAUCAGUAAUAAUAAAACUAGCCUGUAAGGGGCAAGAGUAAUCACUCCGAAGUUGUUGCUCGCUUGUGCAGUUCUGUGGUGGUCAUCUACAUGGGCCGUCCCACAUUCAUGAAAUUUUUCAAGUGUUCACUCAGUUUUCCGAGUUUGACAGUGAACUGGCUCUUUUGUUGUUUUUCACAUAAAUGGCAAAAACUUACUUAACAAUAGAAUAUUAGCCACUUCACUGAAAACUUUUGUUACACUUUUACCAGGUGUUAUGCCCGUCUUCACCCUCGUGCGGUCAACUGUCGCAAGAAGAAGUGUGGACACAGCAAUAACUUGAGGCCCAAGAAGAAGCUUAAAGGCUAA